UCCCCCGGCCACGGGUGUCCCCGUGACGAGGCAGCGCGGAGCCGCCGCGGGCCGGGCCCAUCCCGCCGCAGCGGCCCUGGGGCCGAGCAGGGGCGAGGCGCAGAGAGAGCGGUGCCAAGCGGGGUCCGAAGUGCGGCCAGAAUGGUGCUGGAAGGAAACCCUGAAGUGGGGUCUCCCCGAACCUCAGACCUCCGGCACUCGGGGAACCAUGGUUCUUGUGUCCUCUCUUCUCCUGGUGAAGAUGCACAGCCAGGGGAGGAGCCCAUCAAGUAUGGCGAACUCAUCGUUCUGGGAUGCUGUGAGGAAGGAGGUGAGGAAACCAAGGCUCAGAGAGGGGAAGUGACUGGCCCAAGGGCACACAGCUGCUACAAUGGGUGUCUGGCAAGUGGGGACAAGGGCCGCCGCCGAAGCCGCCUGGCACUGAGCCGCCGGCCACAUGCCAAUGGAGUGAAGCCAGACGUCAUGCACCACAUCUCCACACCACUCGUCUCUAAGGCACUGAGCAACCGUGGCCAGCACAGCAUCUCAUACACCCUGUCUCGGAGCCACUCAGUCAUAGUCGAGUACACACAUGACAGCGACACAGACAUGUUCCAGAUUGGCCGCUCCACGGAGAACAUGAUCGACUUUGUGGUAACAGACACGUCCCCUGGAGGAGGGGCUGCCGAGGGCCCCUCUGCCCAGAGCACUAUCUCCCGCUAUGCCUGCCGCAUCCUCUGUGACCGCCGGCCACCCUAUACUGCCCGCAUCUAUGCCGCUGGCUUUGAUGCCUCCAGCAACAUCUUCCUUGGAGAGCGGGCGGCCAAAUGGCGGACCCCUGACGGCCUGAUGGACGGCUUAACCACCAACGGGGUCCUGGUGAUGCACCCAGCAGGCGGCUUCUCUGAGGACUCAGCCCCGGGUGUCUGGCGGGAGAUCUCAGUCUGUGGGAACGUGUAUACCCUGAGGGACAGCCGCUCAGCACAGCAGCGGGGGAAGCUGGUGGAAAACGAGUCCAAUGUGCUGCAGGACGGCUCCCUCAUCGACCUCUGUGGGGCCACACUGCUGUGGCGCACACCGGCGGGGCUGCUGCGGGCACCCACACUGAAGCAGCUGGAGGCCCAGCGGCAGGAGGCAAACGCGGCACGGCCCCAGUGUCCCGUGGGCCUCAGCACCCUGGCCUUCCCCAGUCCGGCCCGUGGCCGCACGGCCCCCGACAAGCAGCAGCCCUGGGUCUACGUCCGCUGUGGCCAUGUCCACGGCUACCAUGGCUGGGGCUGCCGGCGAGAGCGGGGCCCCCAGGAGCGCGAGUGUCCUCUCUGCCGCCUCGUGGGCCCCUACGUGCCCCUGUGGCUCGGCCAGGAGGCUGGCCUCUGCCUGGACCCUGGGCCGCCCAGCCACGCCUUUGCACCCUGCGGCCAUGUCUGCUCUGAGAAGACUGCCCGCUACUGGGCUCAGACACCACUGCCCCAUGGCACCCACGCCUUCCAUGCUGCCUGCCCCUUUUGUGGGGCCUGGCUCACUGGCGAGCAUGGCUGUGUCCGCCUCAUUUUCCAGGGGCCGCUGGACUAGACUCCCUGGGGUCCCCUGCUGCCAUGCCCGCCUGCCUACCCAGGUCCCCCACCUCCUGCAGCCCAGAGGGAGCUCUGCAUGUGGGACUCUACCUGCUGGCGCAUAGCCACACCAGAUGGAUGUGUUGGUUGGGCUGUGCCCUUCCCCUCUUAACUCUGGCUCUGAAAGGGGUCCCUGGGACUCCUGCCCCAGUCAGAAUGAUGCCUCAGCACCAGCUCUGUCCUGGGCUGAUGGAGGGAGGCCCACCCCUAUACCCUAGCCCUUCCUGGGGCAUCCCACACCAUGCCGCCUACACUGUGCCCCUGGGGGAGUGAAGGGGCCCUGGGCCCCUGACCCCUACCUUAGGCUGGCUGUGCCUGAGCCUGCCAACCCACUUUCAGAUAAUCUCCCUGCUGCUGCUCUGGGUUCUUGUAUAAACCUUGCUGCUCAGCUGCCUUCACAAA